UGUUUAGAUGCGGCCCAAUGGAGCCGUUUCGGCGAUGGUACGCUUCAGUUCGCGACUUCUGGAAAUACAACCCCAACGCAGCGUUUCUUCGGCUGCCGUAUCUGAUGAUGGCUUUUGGGGCAGUGCACUUGGAAAGCACCCAUCACCGCUGGAAGCGCUGGAUGAUGGUUUUAAAUCGCUCCCUGGCAACGUACCAGUACUGCGUUAGCUUGGUGGCUAUUUGUCUGGUAAUGUGGGAUGGGAAGGACGUUUUUGCGAUGAUUUGGUCCGUGGCAGUGGUGGUCAGCUUUACGGUUUGCAACGUCAAGGCCCGCAUUCUGAAGCAUUAUUUGGGAGUGAUUCGUGAAGUUGGUCACUUUAUUGACGGACGGCCGGGGAAAUCUGGCGAUGCCGAGUUUGACGGGACCACUCGACAUGAUGUUUUUCGAAAAAUGCGUGGAAUGUCUGUGGCAGUGUACUUGAAUUGUGUUUGCGUUCAGGUUAUUAUGGCGCUGCCUAUCGAGCAGAUUCAGCGACUGUUCGGAACUCCGAGAGAAUUUGAGGAAUUGGGACCAGUAAUGGCUCAGGUGGCCAAAAGUGCUGCUCUGGUGUGGAAGCCGUUCCUUUGGAUGAGCAGGUUAUUUUGCGGUACACUUACUUUUACAGGGCUUUUGGUGGCACUCAUUGCGGAAAUCAAGAUUGUACAUCAUGGAUUUGCUUGUGCUAUGGACGGUGUAAGGGCUGCAGUAAAUGGCGAUAUGCAUCAAGUGCAUAAACAAGCACUGUUCUGGAAACUAUUGAAUCGGAAUAUAAAACAUCUUGUUUAUCAACAUACUGAGAUUGUAAGAAACGUGAAUCUGUUGAAAUCGGCCGUCGGAAAUUUCUACUUCGUCAUCCAUUACUAUUCGUUGGCCUGUGUAUCGGCAAUUAUCGCGGUAAGCUUAUUCGAAGGAUUUUCGUUCGGCUCGGUAGCAAUUGCCGGAACUGCAUGUGGCUAUUUCGCCCAGUGCUACUGGUGGUGCUACGUAAUCGAUUCUUUCGAGGAUUUGAAUUUCCAAAUCGCUGAACAGGUGUACUAUUUGAGCAUGGAAGUUCGCUUUUUGGAGAAGCUUCCACGCGAGUAUGAAGCAAUGAUAAAAAGUUUGAUGCUCGUACAGGUCAAUGCUGCCAGGAGUGACCUGUUCACCUGUGGAGGAGUGUCCCCGAUAUCGAUAACAGGUUUUGGGGGUUUGUGUAACCUGACGUAUAAUGCAAUCAAAUUUGUGUUGAGAGUUUCGUAGGUAUAAUGAUAGGCUAUUAAGACAGAAAAAAAAUGAAUUGUGCUAUUGUGUAAUAUUCAAAAUAAUAAUGAAAAAAAUGUUAGA